AUGAAUUUUUGCAAAGGGGCUCUAAGUUUUUAUAAAUCUGCAUUUGACAAAGCCAAAAAUGAGAAAAUUUCUAUUUCAAAAAAAGGUUCCUUUUAUGGAAAUAUAGACAAAAAAUUAAUAGCUAAAUUAUCAAAGCUUAAAAACUCGUAUUAUUAUAAAAAAGUAAAUUUAAACAAUAGCUUUAAGUAUCAAAUUAAAAAUAUAGAAGAAGAUUCUUUUUUUAAAGAAUCUUCAGAUGAAUCUAUAAUAAAAUUCAUAAUGGAAUGCAAUAUGUUUAUUAAAGAAGUGAUAAAUUAUGUCUUAUCUUUAAAAUUCAAUAAGUAUACUUGUGAUAAACAAAUUAGCGUUGUUUAUUAUGAAUGUAAAAGUUUUGUAAAAAGAUUAACAAAUAUUUCACAAACUGUACAGCUAGAAUGUAUUUUUGUGAUAAAAAAAAAUGCUAAUUGA